AUUCUGGAUCUCGUCUCGAUGUACCAUAAACAAAAAUGUCAGCGAUCCCGAUUUUUUGUUUCUCACUGCAUACUCCUCGUUAUAGUUUAAUUAGAUCACUCGGAUGAUAUAAAUUAACGUUAGACGCUUUCUCCGAAGGUGUCGUCUGGCUCGAACGGCAUGCGUUCGGUAUAAUUUCGGCCAUAAUAAACGUGCGUUCUGUAUGCUUCGCGCCUGUCUACACCCGAUCUAUCUUAUUGUUUAUGUAUGGAGACUGAACCUGGAAUUUUUAUAGCGUUUCGUGAAAUAGUUAAGUUUUAAUUGUGUAUCUGGAUAGAAUCGUAGGCGAGGACCGGUGCGUGUAGGGCGCGCGUCUACCGCCAAGGUUCUUUGGGAUCUCUAUUUAUAUGAACCCGAUAGUUUACUGCAGCAUAAUGACAUUCUCGUAAUGAAGUGCCGUGCAGUGAAUUUGUGGGACAUGUGCCAAUUAUUGCGCCCGUGACGAAAGGGACGGAUCGUAACGUAGUUGUAUGUAUACAGAGUACAGUGUUUACUUGUGCUUAGGACCUACAAUUCAUUGUUGUCUAACCUAUGUUACAUCAACUGGAGCAAUACAAAGUGUGAUGUUAAGAAAAGUAUGUGUUGCACUGGAUCUGGGUUGAAUCUAUUGCCAAUAACUAAUUAUACCCACGCUCAGGAUCUUGAGGCAAGUUUUGAGAGGCUCGUUAUAUUGAGUGUCACUUAAAGUCCAUCAAAAAUUCAAGUUGGCGAAGGCACGUAGGGGUAUGAUCAAGGAGAAGGAGAAAGGCGGGGGUGCCCGUCUUAAAGAUGAACCCAACGACCCAGCGGAACCUGGGCACGGAUCGCGUCCACCUUCGGCCUCUUUACCGACCCCGGCGGCGCUAAAGAAGGAGCCCGACGAGCCGGCGCACCGGGUCAAGAUGGAGCCCCACAGCCAGGGCGAGGACUCCGGCGCUGACCUCGGCGUGGACGGCAUCAAGACUGAGAUCGACGGCCUCAUGGAUAGUGACGGCGAUCCCACUAAGUCCCCACAGUGUGAGCUGGGCGGCCCCGGAUCCCUGAAAUCGGAGCGACUCUCCUCCGACUCUAAUGACAUUAUUGACCCACAGACUGGGCUAAGAGGCUCCACAGGGAACCUACAGGAUGGUAAUCCAAAUUGCCGUAACCCAAACGGACCCGAGAGCAUGGGUUCGUGCCGUAUGGGCAAUACGGGUCCAAUGGGCCCCGGCGUGUCCAUGGGACCCAUGUCCAGCGAAGCGCAGACCUUGCCCUCAAACGUCAUCAGCAAGCAAUCUGGGAGUAUGGAGCAGAGUCAGAUCUUCGUUUUCUCCACGAUGCUGGCAAACAAAGGCGCUGAGGCUGUCAUCUCUGGUCAGCACCACUCCAUCAUUGCGUACCACUGCGCACAGCCCGCUACUAAGAAGUAUCUGGAGAAACAUCCCUUAAAAAUAGGCCAGUUCAAUAAACAAAACCCCGCCCAAUGGCUCAACAACCUCGCCAUGGCGAAAAGUCGCGCCGGAAUGCGCGGCGGGCCCAAUAUGAUGGGUGGGCCCAACCAGAUGGGUCACAUGAUGGGUGGACCGAUGGGACCCAACAUGGGGCCAAUGGGACAUGGCGGCAUGGGGCAUAUGGGACCCAACAUGAUGGGCCCCAGCCGCAUGGGUGGACCCGGCAAUCAGAUGAUGAUGAUGAAAGGCGGACCUGGACCGAUGGGGCAAAUGGGUCCGGGGAUGGGACCGAUGGAUGGGUUUCCAGGGGGCACCCCGUCCUGUGGUGUCAUGGACGGCCUCGGUGCUGAUGGUGAAAUGCCCUGGGACACCAAAAACCCCUCCGUAAUGUCGAACGGCAUGGCGAACGGUCCCACUCAGAUGCCUCCGUGCUCUGAGGCGGGAGACAGUUCCGGUGACAGCAACAUGCCGUGUCAGCCCGGACCAAAAGUUUCCUCCGCAGGUGUGAAGAUACCCGACGAGAAUCUCACGCCGCAGCAAAGGGCGCAUCGUGAGGAACAGCUGGCGACCAUACGGAAGAUGCAGCAAAUACUGUUCCCGGAAAGUGGGUCGAACCCCAACCAGCCGGGAGAUGGAUCACAGCCCCCCUCCGACAUUAACCCACCCAACUCAAGCGCCAACAUGAACAUGUCCUUCCCUCCUAUGUCGGCACACGGACCGAUGGGCUCUGGACCUAAUGGCCCUAUGGUGUCAAUGCCGAGUAGCAUGAACAGUGGACCGAGUUGUACUAUGUCCGGGCCAAUGGGACCAAAUGGGCCGAUGGGUGGUGGACCAAUGGGUCCAGGUGGUCCGAUGGGACCUAAUGGUCCAAUGGGUGGUCCAAUGGGAAACAUGGGUCCGGGUAUGGGUAUGGGUGGGCAUGGCUCAAUGGGACCUAAUGGCAUGAUGGGCCCGAAUGGACCGAUGAUGUCAGGGAUGGGGCCCAAUGGACCCAUGGGGCCGAUGGGACCCUGUGGCAUGAAAGGCAUAAGGGGACCGUGCGGAGGGCCUGAUAUGAAAACUGGAAUGUGUACAGAUAUGCAUAUGGGUAGAGGAUGCGGAGGACCUAUGGGACGUAUGCCCAAUCCCAUGGGUGGUAUGGGAGGCCCUAAACCUUGCAUGAUGGGCCCUCACAUGGGCCCUAGGAUGAUGCCUGGACCAAACAUCAAUGCAAUGAACGGUGGUAUAAUGAUGGAGGGCGGUAUGAUGGGCGCCAUGGUGCACGGAGACUGCGGGCCCGAGCACCAGCAUCCGCACCAUGGGAUGCCCAUGAACGGGCCCAUGUGCGACGAGUAUGGGCGUGGAAGGAGCAUGGGUCCAGGUGACCCGGGUGGGUUGGGCCCCGGGCUGGGUCCGGGUUUGGGUCACAAGUCGUCGCGUAGCCCCAAAUCACCGCCCUCUGACAUCGACUGGCAGAAGUUGCAUCACCACUUCUUUGACGAGAACAAGAAUAUGGACACAGAUAUGAGUACCCAAGUGAAGUCACCGUGUUCAGAACGGGGCGGUUGUCUUCCGCCGCCGCCCUACGGCGCUUCGCCCCUGCACCGCUCCGCCUCCGUGCCUAUAGCAACACAAUCACCAUCGCACGGCGGUGGUGUACAAAUGCCCAUGUCAGCGGAGGCAUCCAGGGCCGGAUCCGCCCUAAGCAGUCCAGCGCACUGCAAACAGAAAUCCGACGCACCAGAGAUACUAGAGAAGUUGGACGAUGGCGUGUUCGUGCGCACACUCCAAUGUUUGGCGGCGCAGCAACAGAAGAACCAACAGGGCGGGAAUCACUCAAAGGAACCGAGUUUGAUGCCCGUGCCGUCACCGCAACAGAUAUCGUAUCUCAACCAAUUCGAAGGUCAAGAGUUAACGAUACAGAAGCAGCCAAAUACAUCGUUGAAGGACAAUGGGCCUCCGUCGAACAGUGGGCAGAAUUCACAGUCGAGUUCCAAUCAGAAAUCUCCUGCGGGUAUGAUGCCGGGCACGCCGGAGCCGCACUCGUCGCUGUCCGAGCAGCGCUCGGGGCGGUUCUCGAUGGAGCAGAGUCCAGGGUUCAUCAACCCGCAGACACCCACGUCCGCCGCCUCCACGUCCAGCACCAAGCAGGACGAGAAAUCCCGACCGAGCCCAUCGUCAAACAGAUCGAGUCAAGACAGCGCAUCAAAAACGCCACAACGAGAGGGUAGGGAGGGGCGAGAGGGGCCAUCACUCAGUCAGGGUCCGUACGCGCCGUCUUCCACCGCCAAGAGCAGCUGCAGUGUCGUGUCCACCCAAUCACACCCUGACGACACCAUGGCAUCCAACACUGAGACGACGUUAUCCGGCGGUCCAAACAGCACAAGCCUUCCGGGCCCGUUCCCCGGGCCGUGCAGUAUGAACAGGCCGGACAACAUCCCGAUCAACCCCAACCAGGGCCCCAACGGGCCCAUGGGCACGUCCACGUCCUCCUUCGACCCCAUCUCAUCGCUCGCGCAGAUGUCUCAACAGCUGACCAACACGGUGGGCGGCGGGGGCCCCGGCCCGGGCGGACCCAUGGGGCCCAACGGCGGCGGAAUGGGCCCGUUCGGCUCGGGGCCCCACCACAUGCAACACCACCAUUCGAUGCAUCCGCAUGGGCAUCCGCACAUGAUGAUGAACGAUUUGGGUUGCCACAUGGACAAUAUGGGACCAGGUAUGGGCGGGCCACUGGAAGGAAUGAUGAGCGGGAACGACUUUCCGCCAGAUAUGAACCUCAGUCCGAAAAUGAGCGGCGGUCCUAUGGGCGGGCCCAUGGGGCCAAUGGGGCCCGACGCGUCCAUGAUGGGCCCCAGGAUGGGCGGACCGGGGAAGAUGCCUCCGUUCAACGGGGCUAACGUUCAAGUCAAAGCGAGCGCACCCAACACAAUACAGUAUUUACCAACGAGGCCUCAGAUGCCCUGCAACACGGGCCCCAGGGGCCCGCCGAGCCUCGACUUCUUGCAGCGAGUCACGAAUCCAAUGCAAAUGGACAGCAGUAAAGGCGGCGUGCAAUACUUCCCCGGCGCGAGGGGUAUGGACAUGGAGGGCGGCAUGCGAGGCGUCAUGAGGGCACCGGGGGGCAUGCUGAGAAUGCCGCACUACCCCGCAGGUUUCAACUCACCGCCCAAAAUGGCCGGGGAUCCGUACGGCGGGCCCGGGCCCAACCCGAUGUGCGGGCCCAACUUCAGAGGAGUCAAAGGCGGGAUGGGGCCCGGUGGGGUCAGAAUGGGGGCGGCGCAGCCUUUACCGCCGUCGAUGGGCGGGCCGGGGCCCGGUUUCAAGGGGCAGGGCUUCACGAUGCCGUCGACGGCGGACCCCAAUUACGCGGCGCAGUUUCACAAUUUCCAACAGCAGUUGUACGCGACGGGCAGCCGGGGCGCUCAACCGCACGCCGGGUACCCUCCCUACCAGCAGGGCAAGUGAUGAAAGCGCGCGCCCGCGGAGUGCGGGCCGCCCCCGCGCCGCCUGAUCGACCCCGCGGCGUGCGGCCUGACCCCACUCCGCCAGAUCGACCCCGCGGCGUGCGGCCUCUCCCCAUUCCGCCAGAUCGACCCCGACACGUUUUUAUAACACUCCGGACACCGGAAGCGUAUUCGCGAACGUACUUAAUGUAUUAAUUAUACACCAGUGUUAAAAAAAUAACGAGAGAUCAAAAUAUUUUUGUUAGUGUUUUUUUUUAGUUAGUCCGUGUAUUAAAUGUGAGAUUCACCUCUGACGGGGAAUCGCGCUCGGCCAUCGGCCGGCCGCGUGUUUUAUUAUUUUAGCGAAUGCGUAAAAGUUUGUACAAAUUGUACAAAUUUAGAUGUGUUAUCGUGUAGUCUACAUAAUUUAAAGUACAGUACUUUAAAAUCGUAAGCGUAUUUUUGCUAUGGCAAUAAAUAUAUAGGUUUUUAUCUUUUUUUUUUAUACGCAAACAUGCCAGAUUUUUCAGUGUAUCGGUUCCUUUACUUAGCUAUUUUUUUUUUUAUAAUAUGAUUCCUAUGCACACAGAUAUCUAGUCAAUUGUGAAAUUAAUGCCCGAUCCUGUGUUGAAAGCGAGUGAAACAGUUGAAUCACAAAGUUUGGUACCAGGAAUGAUACAGAAGUACACGACGCGUACAAUCGUUAUUGUCCAUCUUAGGUUUAGAUUUAUUCUUUUUUUUUUUGUUUUAGGGAAAUUGGUUUAAAUUAAUUAUUUUGGCUCCGCGGCCAGUAUAGCUCCUGGUAGUAAUUUACACUAGUAUUGUAUUUUUAGUAUGUUUUUUAUUCGUUUUGAUCUGAUAUAGCAAUGUUUUUCUGUCUUCCAUAACUUAAAGGUCUAUCCACACAUACCAGUGUUACUGUUCAAUCGGGAACGUCGAAAUAGUUUUUUUUUAAUAUAACAAAUUUACCCUUUCGUCUCCAAGUAAGAAGGUAGGGAAAGAUAUUGAGGUUUAUUGUAUAGAUUGGUAUACUUAUGCGGGAAUGCUGAACGGCUAUAAGUGUUGACAGACUGAAAAAGUGAAAACCCUGAGGUUGAUUUUCCUGAUCAAGUGGGUACUAACUGAACAAAAGACCCCUCUGAUCUUGUGACCUGAGUAUCUGAUUAGAAUCUAUACUGAUCUAAGGAUGAAUGAAUAAUUUAUUAGUUUUAUCUCUGCACGUGUUCUGCAAACUGGCAUUCGAACAGUUAUUUACAUAUCUUUUAUUGUUCAGUGUUACCAACUCUCCAAGUUAUUUUUAGUAUAUUUAUGUAACACACUUCUGAAUAUUUUUGUAAGAAUUAUGAUUUUUUGAGUUACUCAAUACAUUAUCAACAAAUUAAUACUUGACAGAAAGCAAUACAUGUGUAUGGUCUAAUUGGUCAAGCUUUUUAAAUUAAUAGAUAUUCCGUCUAGCGGCUUAAUAUGUAUUAUAUAGGAUUAUUAUAUGUAGGAACGAUUCGUCUUGUGUGUCUCAAUACAACAUUUUUAAAUAAAUUUCUUUUAAACGAGAAGUAGAUGAGUUAGUUAUGAGACACUGUAAACAAAAUUAAGUCAACUUAAGGCACUUACUCAGAGCAUAUUGUAUUCGCAAAAUUGUUUGUGGGUGAGCAAAUGUACAUACUAAAGGAUGUAUGAAAUAUAUGCAAAUUAUUUUGCAUGCCCCCAGAUGAACAGGAUCCUAGAUAUGUGUGAAUAGACCUUUAAUCUCACUUGUAAUAUAAGAGUAAGUCGUCCCAUUCUGAACUAACACAAAACUGAAAACGGCAGUUAGUCUUUUACUUUUAAACGAAAGUACUUAAAAAAAAACAAUCUGAUGCCAUAUUAUUUGCCACAUGAAUUUAGUUUUCGUGAUAUUUUUGAACUGUCUUUAUUUAAUUUAUUCAUAUCUCUGAACAAUGCCAAUAUGUUUUGUUUUUUUUUUUAAAUUACGCUACAUCUUUUUAUAGUACGUAGGGCUAUAAUAACGCUAGGCUAGUUAGCACAUUGUGGAUGUCACAGUGGCCUUUUGGAAUGCCUUUUUUUUACGAAGCGACGACCCCCGGGCACACGCGUAUAGUUUGCUCACCGAAUCUGAGAUACAUUGAGAUUAGAAUGUUGGAACAUUAGAACGCCAUGCCAUUUGACAUGCUAAACAAGCCAUCUUUCACAAAAUAUUUUUAAAUAAAGAACUUCAGUUAUGGUCAAUAUUAAAUAAUACAUAAAAAAUUAAGAUUGUCGGAAUGUUUAAAAUAAAUAAGAUUUUAGUAUUUCAAAAUUAAUCAAACAUCUUUUAACAUGAUUAAAUGAAAAAUCAUCUAUUUAAACAAACUUUUUAUUUUAUAAUUUAUAUUCCAAAAUUUAACACUGAUAACAAUUACGUUAAUUAAUAUAAUAAUCAAUAAAAAAAUACUUCAUCUUGUUUCUUUACUUUUUGAGAACAGUUUUUAAAACAUUUAAAAAAUAAGACGCCAUUUUUCUUAAAUAAUGUUUAAAUUAAUGAUGCGACGCUUCGCGUCGUAACGUGCAGCUUUAGUUUUUAGCAACACAAUACAUAUUAUGUGCCCAAUGUAGGUAUGUUAUCCAUUAGUGUAUUUAUAAAAAAAUCAAGGAGUUAAUUAAAAUUGUGACAAACUUUCAAAAAUUCGUUAUUUUAAAACAUCCUGUAUUUUUUAUCAAGUUUGUUAAUUAGUCCUAAUCUUCUUGCUUCUUAUUUUUGCAACUUCACGCGAAAUUCAAAAAAACUAUUUUGACGGUAGAAAGUAGAAACGAGGCAAUUCUUUGUUUAUGAGUACCACUUAGUACAUAAAGGUCUCAGAAAAUUAAACUUCAUAUUGCACAAAUCGAACGGCAUCUCAAAUGGUUUGGCGUGUCUAUGGCUAGCUUUAUGGUGAAUAUUUUCGUGGUAGUUAUUUCAUUCCUAAAUAUAAUCUCUAUUUUCAACCCAAUUUUUAAUUUGAAAAGAUACAUCAGUGUGCCUAUUGGGAGUUUUCAAUAUUUUCAUACUGUUACUAUCGCGUUGACGUAAACGUCAAUUUAUAUGCAAUUGAAACAGUUGUGCAGUAGUGCCACUAGAUGGCGCUAUUUCAAUUCCUUGGAAAUUCCUGUUUACGUUAACGUGAUAGUAACAGUAACAAAUUGCCACUAGGCCCUCAGUAGACCUAUGAUACGUCGACAAGAGAAUAAUAUAUUAUCGACCAAUGGCCGCCGAAAAUAUCACUGUCUCUUUCGUUGCGAUAGAACAAAAGAGCGAUCUAUAUUUUCGGUCUGCCUCUUUUUGUCUUUACGAGACAUUUCGUGAUGCGCAUCUCAGGCCUACUGGCAUUGAUAUAGAAUAUCUCUAUGCCGAGUGGUUAUCUAGCGAAACGACUUUAUUUUUGCUGUCAAACCAAUUUGAACAUUGCUAGUGUUGAUAUAUAGUCUAAUAUCACUAACACUCGUCGCCUCUCAUGCAUCAAUCGUGUUAAUUGAUUUUCGAUUUUAUUUCAACUCUAACAAGAUAAUAGUAUGAUAGUAAAUUUUGCCAUAGACAAAACAGAGAUCCCACAAAAAAUUCUGGUAAUUUUAUCCCUCUACCACAUCGAUCUUCUAUUCACAAUCAGCGACCAAAAAACGUCCCCACUCAAUGAAUGCCAAACACAACUUCUUGGCACUCAAUACAAGUAGUCGCAUUUGUAAAUUCAACCUUAAACUCAAUACUUAAGGUUGAAUUUGGGAUUUUAUUGAAUAAUGGACUAUAUUUAAAGGUCUUUAGGUAUAAUUUUCGUGCAUAGUUGUCAUGAGUUAUUUGAUAUUUUUUUCUCCAAUGUAAGGAAUGAAAUAGCUAUUGAUAAAUUUCAUCAUAAAGAUAUAUGGGCGUGGCAAUAAUGUGAGAAAAACAGCACAACAGUCCAGUAUGAAACACCCGCUAGAAAUUAGAUAGUCCUAAUUUAAUUGUAAUUAUAAUUGUAAGGUAAAGAAUGGUUCUUGUUUUAGGUGUAAGUGAAGAGCAAUGAUAUAAAAUAGUUUGUGUAAUAUUAAAUAAAAUAAGAGAUGAAAUUAAGAUGCAAACUAUUGGUUGUGAUUCUGACACAAUUUGUUAAGUUGUUCGUAGAUUUGUCACAGAGUAACGUCGGAACUUAACUUCAUGGUAAUUAAGGCCUUUUUUUAUUUUUUUGGACGUUUUUUUUUAUUUGUCGUUCUCGUUUGUACAUCGCUAACAAUAAUUGUACAGAGUACUUUUGGACUUAAUUUAAGGCAAUAAAUGUAUUUAUUUUAUAACUCGUGAUGUAAGAAUUUAUUCUUAAUUAUUAUAAAAAAAAUAUAUAAUAUGCUUGUAAA